ACAAAUUAUAAGGCAAGACAAAAUAAUGGAACUUUCUUCUUAAAUUUCUUUUCUAGCUGCACUCUUGGCUUGGUCUUCCAUAUAUAAGAGUUUAACUCAUAUAGUGCCACCAUUUCAUGCUUGCAGGUUUGCUAGUGGCAUCCACCGCGGUACCGGUAACAGCUCAAGCUAGGUCUGGCUGUCCCGACCAUUGUGGGAACGUCAGCGUCCCUUUUCCCUUUGGCAUAGGGGAAGGUUGCUACUUCAAUGCAAGUUUUGAGAUUACCUGUAAUCAAUCUGCUGUCCCUGUACAAACGUUUUAUGGUGACGUUGCUGUAGAAAGCAUUUCACUUAAUGGUGAGAUUCGUUUGUUCUCUGUCAUAGCACACCAUUGUUACAAGAAAAGUGAUCAGUCGGUGCUACACAACAAACCUUGGUUUAGAUUAGGCCAAUUCACCAUUUCUGACACCCAAAACAAGUUUAUGGCCAUUGGUUGUGACACCGUUGCUUUGAUUCAGGGCUACCGAGGUAAUGAUAGGUACACAACCGGAUGCAUAUUGUCCCUCUGUGAGAGCCUGAGAGUUGUUGAUGAUUCUUGCUCUGGUGUGGGGUGUUGCCAAAUUCCCAUUCCCAAAGGUCUGGAAAACAUUACAUUCACAUUGGGUAGUUAUAUUAACCGUACAGAUGUAACGGAGUUCAACAACUGCAGCUACGCCUUUGUUGUUGAAAACGAGUUCACUUUCUCCCGCAAAUACCUUCAAGGUUUUCAAGGUGAAACCAAGCUCCCAAUGGUGGUUGAUUGGGCAGUAGGGGAUGAAAGUUGUGAAUUAGCAGCACAAAACAAGUCUACUUUUCUAUGCAAGGGAAAUAGCACCUGUGAUGGAUCCUAUAAUGCUCGUGGUUAUCGUUGCAAGUGCGAGGAUGGGUAUCAAGGGAAUCCAUACCUCGAUGGCUGUUAUGAUAUUAAUGAGUGUAACACUAUCGCCAAUCCGGGACUGCAUGAUUGCGAAAAACCUGGGUAUUGCGUCAAUGAAUUGGGAAAUUAUACUUGCAAGUGUCCUAAGGGUUAUCAUGGCGAUGGUAGAAAGGGAAAAGGGUGCAUUCCCAAUCAAAUACAACUUGUUGAAAUUACCCUUGGUGUUACCAUAUGCUCUGUAGCUGUAGUUGCUGGGAGCGCUUGGCUGUUCAUGCUACACAAGAAAAGAAAGCUAAUCAAGCUCAAAGAAAAGUUCUUUAAGCAAAAUGGUGGUUUGAUGCUUCAACAACAACUCGCAGGAAGAGAAGCAUCAUCGGAAACUGCUAAAAUCUUUACUGCAGAGGAACUUAAAAGAGCUACGAGCAACUAUGAUGAGUCCAUGAUUGUUGGUCGCGGAGGUUAUGGCAUAGUGUACAAGGGUAUCUUGGAAGGUAACAAUAUGGUUGCUAUAAAGAAAUCGAAAAUAGUGGAUCAGAGCCAAAUUGUGCAAUUUAUAAAUGAGGUUGUUGUUCUCUCUCAAAUCAACCAUAGGAAUGUAGUCAAGCUUUUGGGUUGUUGCUUAGAGGAAGAAGUCCCAUUGCUAGUUUAUGAAUUUGUUGCUAAUGGAACCCUUUUCGAUCACAUUCAUGACGAAGGCAAGGCAGCUACCAUGCCUUGGGGGACACGGUUAAGAAUCACAGCAGAAACUGCUGGAGUGCUGUCAUAUUUGCAUUCUGCUGCGUCUAUACCAAUUAUCCACAGAGAUGUCAAAACUACCAACAUACUCUUGGAUGAUAACUACACCGCAAAAGUGUCUGAUUUUGGAGCUUCAAGAUUGGUUCCAGUAGAUCAAACUCAGUUAUCGACAAUGGUCCAAGGAACGCUGGGCUACUUAGACCCUGAAUACUUGCAUACAAGCCAACUGACUGAGAAGAGUGAUGUCUAUAGCUUUGGAGUUGUUCUUGUUGAACUUCUCACUGGAAGGAAGGCACUUGCUUUUGACAAGCCUGAGGAGGAGAGGAGUCUAGCUAAGUAUUUCCUUUCUUCAGUAAGAAAAGGUCGCUUGUUUGAUAUUCUAGAGAGCCAUUUAGUGGAUGAAGAAAAUAGAGAUCAAAUCAUGGAAGUGGCUAAGCUAGCAAUGAGGUGCUUAGAAGUUAAAGGAGAAGAGAGACCUUCAAUGAAAGAAGUAGCAAUGGAAUUAGAAAGACUAAGGUUGAUAGAGAAACAUCCAUGGGUUAAUCUCGGAUCGAAUUCUGAGGAGACUGAGUAUUUACUCAAUGGAAAAUCAUCUAAUAGUUAUAGUAAUGGUGGUAGUAGUAACAAUACUUCAUGUGGGUAUGACAGCAUAAAAAGCCAUGUGAUAAUCUUGCCCUUAGAUAAAGGAAGAUAAUGGUUUCUACACAAGGCAAUCUUAAGAAAUAUUGAAAUAGAAGAGCAAAGAAAAGAGAAAGAAAUAAUGUGGAAGAAAGAGUAAUGUGUUGGACUUAAUAUGUGCAUUAGAAAUCUCUGUCAAAGUUGUAUGUGUACAUAUGACAGCUGGUAGCCAUGUUUCCCAUAACAAGACUGUAUGCUCAGCAGUCCAUGCUGUUAAGUGUUUAGUUUGCAUGUUUUGAUUAGAUAUGUAUGAUAACACUUGUUUUGUGCUCAAGAACAAGUGUUGGUUGUCUUUGACUUUAUAAAAACUACCUUGUAAUUUAUCAACUCAAUGAGAAUGAACCUUUUUAUGUUUUUUCUCUUCAA